UGGCCAAACUGCUGGAGGGGUUAAAGCCCUGGGCCGCCUGGCUGACUCAGAGGGAGCGGCCUGCUUGGGGGGGGAGGGAGGAAAAGGAGGGGCUACAAACAUCUGGAACCCAUCUGGGCCGGCAGCAGACAAGGAAGCCAGUGAGGGUUAAUGAGGCCGGCACACCCACUGCCCUCCCCCUCCCCCCUUGCUGCUGGGUGCAGUGGCGUGGCGUGGCUCGCGUGGCACAGCAGAGCUGAGCAUGGCCUCCUUGAACCCGUGGACACCGACUGAUCCUGCCUGGCUCCGCGUUGCUUGGGUAGCCGGCCUGGUGCUGUGUUCUCUCGGGGUGUGGGCCCUCUUCCUGGUCUGCUCCUGGCAGGGACGCCCGCCACCCAGCCUCUGGUCAGGAUCGCAGCUGGGAGCAGCCAGGUCCUUGGGCCCCUCAGAGAAGCGCCGGAAAAAGGCCGCCAAAGCCAAGCCACGCAGGGAGCAGGCUGGGAAUUCUGCCACAGGGGUGGCGCUCUCUCCAGCUGCCAAGGAGCAGGAGGUGAUGUCUGGCCGAUGGAAAGAGAAGCCACCGAUGGCUGAAGACAACUCCAGCGGCAGCAGCGGCUCCCCCACCCCGGGAGACACCCUGCCGUGGAACCUGCCCAAGCACCAGCGCACCAAGCGAACCAAGGCAGCCGCGGGCGGCAACGGCUCUGUGCUGGACCCCGCAGAGAGGGCAGUCCUCCGCAUCGCAGAUGAGCGGGACCGGGUCCAGAAGAAAACCUUCACCAAAUGGGUCAACAAGCACCUCUUCAAGCACUGGCGAGCAGAGGCUCAGCGCCAUGUGAAUGACCUCUACGAGGACCUGCGAGAUGGACACAACCUGAUCUCACUGCUGGAAGUGCUCUCAGGGGACACUCUGCCCAGAGAGCGCGACGUGAUCCGGAAUUUGCGCCUGCCCCGGGAGAAGGGACGGAUGCGCUUCCACAAGCUGCAAAAUGUGCAGAUUGCCUUGGACUACCUGAAGCACCGGCAGGUGAAACUGGUCAACAUCCGGAAUGAUGAUAUCGCCGAUGGCAACCCCAAGCUGACACUAGGCCUCAUCUGGACCAUCAUCCUCCACUUCCAGAUCUCCGACAUCCAGGUGACCGGCCAGUCGGAGGACAUGACAGCCAAAGAGAAGCUGCUUCUGUGGUCGCAGCGCAUGGUGGAGGGGUACCAGGGCAUGCGCUGUGACAACUUCACCUCCAGCUGGCGUGAUGGCCGUCUCUUCAACGCCGUCAUCCACAGGCACAAGCCAAUGCUGAUUGACAUGAACAAGGUCUACCACCAGAGCAACGUGGAGAACCUGGAGCAGGCCUUCUCGGUGGCUGAACACGACCUGGGUGUGACGCGGCUCUUGGACCCGGAAGAUGUGGAUGUGCCCCAGCCAGAUGAGAAGUCCAUCAUCACCUAUGUGUCCUCUCUCUACGACGCCAUGCCACGGGUGCCGGACGUGCAGGAUGGAAUUAAAGCCAACGAGCUGCAGCUGCGCUGGCAGGAAUACUACGGCGUGGUCAGCCUGCUUCUGCAGUGGAUCCAGCACCACGCAGUGAUCUUUGAGGAGAGGAAGUUCCCUGCCAGCUAUGAGGAGAUUGAGAUCCUGUGGCACCAGUUCUUGAAGUUCAAAGAGAUGGAGCUGCCCGCCAAAGAGGCUGACAAGAGCCGCUCCAAGGUGAUCUUCCAGUCUCUGGAGGCUGCUGUGCAAAGCGGGCAACUGAAGAUCCCUCAGGGCUACCACCCACUGGACGUGGAGAAGGAGUGGGGCAGGCUGCACGUGGCCAUCCUGGAGAGGGAGAAGCUUCUGCGCUCAGAGUUUGAGAGGUUGGAACGGCUGCAGCGCAUCGUCAGCAAACUCCAGAUGGAGUCCGGCCUCUGUGAGGAGCAGCUCAACCAGGCGGACACCCUGCUGCAGUCGGACAUCCGCCUGCUGAAUGCAGGCAAAGCAUCACAGCACUUGGUGGAGAUUGAGCGGGACUUGGACAAGGCCGAGGCCAUGAUCCGCUUGCUCUUCAAUGAUGUGCAAGCCCUCAAGGAUGGGCGCCACCCCCAGGGCGAGCAGAUGUAUCGCAGGGUUUACCGCUUGCACGAGCGCCUUGUGGCCAUCCGUACUGAGUACAACUUGCGCCUGAAAUCUGGGACAGUCCAAGUGUCCGUACCGGUCACGCAGCGCCCGCGGCCAGAGUUGGAUGAUGUCACCCUACGCUACCUGCAAGAUCUGCUGACCUGGGUGGAAGAGAACCAGGCUCGCCUCAACGCAGCCGAAUGGGGUGUGGACCUGCCUACGGUGGAGUCGCAGCUCGGCAGCCACCGCGGACUGCACCGCUCCAUUGAGGAGUUCCGCCCCAAGAUUGAGCGAGCCCGGGCGGAUGAGGCCCAACUCUCUCCUGGUCCACAGACCUCAUACCGGGACUACCUCAGCAAGCUGGACGUGCAGUACGAGAAGCUGCUGAGCUCAUCCAAGGCUCGGUUGCGGCACCUGGAGAGCCUCCAGGCGUUUGUGGCUGCGGCCACCAAAGAGCUGAUGUGGCUGAAUGAGAAGGAGGAAGAGGAGGUGAAUUACGACUGGAGCGAGCGCAACAGCAACAUGGCCGCAAAGAAGGAGAGCUACUCGGGCCUGAUGAGAGACCUGGAGCUGCGGGAGCGGCGGGUCAAGGAGAUCCAGAACACAGGCGACCGGAUGCUGCGGGAGGAUCACCCAGCCAGGCAGACGGUGGAGGCCUUCCAGGCAGCCCUGCAGACUCAGUGGAGCUGGCUGCUGCAACUGUGCUGCUGCAUUGAGGCUCACCUGAAGGAGAACAGCAGCUACUUCCAGUUCUUUUCUGACAUAAAGGAAGCAGAGGAGUUUCUGCACAAGACUCAGGAAACGAUGAAGAAGAAGUUCACCUGCGACCGGUCCAUCACAGUGACUCGCUUAGAGGACCUGCUGCAGGACUCCCUGGAGGAGAAAGACCAUCUCACACAGUACCAGAGUCACCUGGCUGGGCUGGCCAACCGGGCCAAGACCAUUGUCCAGCUGAAGCCCCGCAGCGCAAGCCCCCCGGUUAGGGGACGGCUGCCCCUCCAGGCGGUCUGUGACUACAAGCAAGUAGAGAUCACUGUGCACAAGGGGGAUCACUGCACCCUCCUCAGCAACGCCCAGCCCUACAAGUGGAAGGUCUUGAAUGCAGCCGGGAAGGAGUCCCUGGCCCCCUCCAUCUGUUUCCUGAUCCCCCCACCCAACAAGGAGGCCCUGGAAGCCGUUGGGAGGCUGGAGACGGUGCACCAGAAGCUGCUCAGCACUUGGCACCAGCUGCACAUCAACAUGAAGAGCCUGCUCUCCUGGCAGUACCUGCAGCGGGAGAUCCAGCAGAUCCAGACCUGGUCCCUCCUCAUUUUUCGGACAAUGCCCCCCGAGGAUUACCGGCAGACGCUGCGCAGCCUGGAGACCCACUACCAGGAGUUCCUGCGCGACAGCCAGGACUCCCAGAACUUCCAUCCGGACGACCGGCUGCAAGCAGAGCGUGAUUACACCGUCUGCACCCAGAAGUACGAGAUGCUGCUGCGCGGGUUGGAGAAAGGGGAACAGGAGGAGUCGCUGUGCAGGAACUUCAUCUCCCAGCUGAAGGACAUCCGCCUGCAGCUCGAAGGCUGUGAGUCCCGCACCAUACACAAAAUCCGUUCUCCGCUUGACCAAGACCCCGUUAAGGAAUGUGUGCAGCGCAUUAGCGACCAGCAGGAGAUCCACCUGGAGCUGGAAACCCUCCAGAAGAGUUUGGGCAAAGUGAGCGCCCAGACGGAGCAGGUCCUGGCUCAGCCAGAGCAGGCCGGUUCGGCCCCCCUGCUGCACUCCGAGCUGGAUAUCACGCUGCAGAAGAUGGGCCAGGUGUACAGCCUCUCCAGCAUUUUCUUGGAGAAGUUGAAGACCAUCAACCUGGUCAUCCGUAGCACCCAAGGGGCUGAGGGGCUGGUCCAGAGCUAUGAAGAGCAGCUCAAAGAUGUCCAGACUGUGCCAUCUGACCUCAAGGCUGUUGAGGCUACCAAGGCAGAACUCAAGAGGCUGCGUGGGCAGGUUGAGGGGCACCAGCCAGUCUUCAGUGCCCUAGAAGCAGACCUGGCCAAGGCCAGUGAGGUGAACGAGAGGAUGGUAAGGAGCCACAGUGAGAGGGAUCUGGACUUGGACCGCUACCGGGAUCGCGUGCAGCAGCUCCUCGACCGCUGGCAGGCUAUCCUGGCCCAGAUCGACCUGCGACAGCGGGAACUGGACCAGUUGGGACGCCAGUUGCGCUACUACCGCAACAGCUACAGCUGGCUGAUGGAGUGGAUCCAGGAUGCCCGCCAGCGCCAGGAGAGCCUCCAGGCUGUGCCCGUCACCAGCAGCCAGCAGGUGAAGGAGCAGCUGCUGCAAGAGAAGAAACUCCUGGAAGAAUGUGAACAGAACUGGGAGAAGGUGGAAGAGAGCCACCGCUUGGCCAAGCAGUACAUUGAUGCCAUCAAGGAUUAUGAGCUUCAACUGGUCACCUACAAAGCCCAGGUGGAGCCCGUCUCUUCUCCAGCCAAGAAGCCUAAAGUGCAGUCUGCCUCGGACAACAUCAUCCAGGAGUAUGUUGACCUGAGAACUCAAUACAGUGAGCUGACCACGCUGACCAGCCAGUACAUCAGGUUCAUUACAGAGACUCUUCGGCGGCUGGAGGAAGAGGAGAAAGCAGCGGAGCAGCUGAAGGAGGCAGAGCGGAAGCGUUUGGCGGAGGUGGAGGCCCAGCUGCAGAAGCAGAGGCAGCUGGCCGAGGCCCACGCCAAGGCCAAGGCUCAGGCUGAGGAGGAAGCCAGGGAGCUGCAGCAGCGCAUGCAGGAGGAGGUCAGCCGACGGCAAGAGGCAGCCGUGGACGCUGAGCAGCAGAAGCAGAACAUCCAGGAGGAACUGCUGCAGAUGAAGCUCAGCUCCGACAGGCAGAUCCUGACCAAGCAGAAGUUGAUCGAGGAAGUGGAGAUCAGCCGCAGGAAAGUGGAAGAGGAAAUCCAUAUCAUCCGCUUGCAGCUGGAAGCCACGCAGAAGCAGAAGGCCGGGGCGGAAGGGGAGCUGCAGGCCCUGAGGGCCCGGGCGGAGGAAGCCGAGCGCCAGAAGAAAGCCGCCCAGGAGGAGGCUGAGCGCCUGCGCAGGCAGGUCAAGGAUGAGGCCCAAAAGAAGCGGGAGGCAGAACAGCAGCUGCAGGAGAAGGUGCAGGCAGAGCAGCGAGCAGCGCAGGAGAAGCAGAAGGCCCUGGAGGACCUGCAGCAGCUCCGCGCACAGGCCGAGGAGGCUGAGCGCCAGAUGAAGCAGGCGGAGCUGGAGAAGGAACGGCAGAUCCAGGUCGCGCGUGAGGCAGCCCAGAAGAGCGCUGAGGCAGACCUGCAGAGCCGGCGCCUCUCCUUUGCUGAGAAGACGGCCCAGCUGGAGCUGACCCUGAAGCAGGAGCACGUCACCCUCACCUACCUCCAGGAGGAGGCUGAGCACCUGAGGACACAGCAGCUGGAAGCUGAACGGGCCAAGGAGGAGGCUGAGAAGGAGCUGGAAAAGUGGCAGCAGAAAGCCAAUGAGGCACUCCGACUCCGACUGCAGGCGGAGGAGGUAGCACACAAGAAGUCCCUGGCUCAGGAGGAGGCAGAGAAGCAGAAGGAGGACGCCGAGCGCGAAGCCCGGAAGCGGACCAAGGCAGAGGAGUCAGCCCUGCGUCAGAAGGAGCUGGCCGAGGAGGAGCUGGAGAAGCAGCGGAAGCUGGCCGAGGGCACAGCCCAGCAGAAGUUCAUGGCUGAGCAGGAACUGAUCCGCCUGAAGUCAGAGAUGGAGAACAGGGAGCAGCAGCGGCUGCUGCUGGAGGAAGAGUUCUUCCGCCUCAAGAGUGAGGUCAAUGAGGCCGUCCAUAAGCGUAGGGAGCUGGAGGAGGAGCUGGCCAAACUGCGGGCUGAAAUGGAGCUCCUGCUGGAAAGCAAGGCCAGGACCGAGGAGGAGUCACGCUCUGCCAGCGAGAAGUCCAAGCAGAUCUUGGAGGACGAAGCUGCCAAGUUGCGGGAGGUGGCGGAGGAAGCAGGUCGCCUGCGCGCCCUCUCUGAGGAAGCCAAGAGGCAACGGCAGCUGGCCGAGGAGGAGGCUGCUCGGCAGCGAGCAGAGGCUGAGCGGAUCCUCAAAGAGAAACUGGCAGCCAUCAACGAGGCAUCACGCCUCAAGGCAGAAGCGGAAAUUUCCCUGAAGGAGAAGGAGGCCGAAAACGAGCGGCUGAGGCGGCUAGCAGAGGACGAGGCUUACCAGCGGAGGGUCCUGGAGGAGCAGGCGGCCCAGCACAAGCACGACAUCGAGGAGAAGAUUGCACAGCUGAAGAAGUCCUCUGAGAGUGAGCUAGAGAGGCAGAAGACCGUCGUCAAUGAAACCCUAAAGCAGCGGCGCAUCAUUGAGGAGGAAAUUCGCAUCCUCAAGAUCAACUUUGAGAAAGCCUCUGUGGGCAAGACAGACCUGGAGCUGGAGCUCAGCAAGAUCAGGCAGAGCUCAGAGGAGAUUCAGCGGAGCAAAGAGCUAGCGGAGCAAGAAAGUGAGAAGCUGCGGCAGGUGGCCCUGGAAGAGGAGAACCGCCGCAAAGAGGCCGAAGCGAAGCUCCAGAAGACCCUGGCUGCUGAGCAGGAAGCUGCCAGGCAGCGCAAAGCUGCUCUGGAGGAGGUGCAGCGCCUGAAGGCCAAGGUGGAGGAAGCCAAGAAGCAGAAAGAGUUGGCGGAAAGCCAGUCAGAGAAGCAGAUCCUGCUGGCCCAGGAGGCGGCCCAGAAGAAGAUUGCGGCUGAAGAGGCCGCUCACCUGGCCCUGGUGCGUCAGAAGGAGCAGGAGUUGCUGCAGACCAGACAGCAGGAGCAGUCCAUCCUGGACAGACUGAAGGAGGAGGCCGAGAAAGCUAAGAGAGCAGCUGAGGAAGCAGAGUUUGCCCGCCUCAAGGCAGAGCAAGAGGCCACCUUGUCCCGGCAACUGGUGGACGAGGCCGAGCGCAUGAAGCAGCGAGCUGAGGAGGAGGCCCAAGUCAAAGCCAGGGCCCAGGAGGAUGCGGAGAAGCUCCGCAAGGAGGCAGAGCUGGAGGCGGCCAGGCGAGCCCAGGCUGAACAGGCAGCCCUUAAGCAGAAGCAGGUGGCUGACACGGAGAUGGAGAAGCACAAAAAGUUUGCAGAGCAGACACUGCGGCAAAAGGCCCAGGUGGAGCAGGAGCUGACCAAGGUCAAGCUGCGGCUAGAGGAGACGGACCAUCAGAAGAGCCUCUUGGAGGAGGAGCAGCAGCGGCUGAAGGAGGAGGUGACAGAAGCCAUGAAGCAGAAGGUCCAAGCAGAGGAGGAGCUGUUCAAGGUAAAGGUCCAAAUGGAGGAGCUGAUCAAAUUGAAAAUCCGCAUUGAGGAGGAGAACAAGUUGCUCAUCAUGAAGGACAAGGACAACAUGCAGAAGAUCCUCACCGAGGAAGCCGAGAAGAUGAAGCAGGUGGCGGAGGAAGCUGCCCGGCUGAGCGUGGAAGCCCAGGAGGCCGCCCGCAUGCGCAAGCUGGCAGAAGAGGAUCUGGCCCAACAGCGGGCGCUGGCGGAAAAGAUCCUGAGAGAGAAGAUGCAGGCAAUCCAGGAAGCCACCCAGCUGAAGGCCGAGGCUGAGGUGCUGCAGAAGCAGAAGGACCUGGCUCAGGAGCAUGCCCGGAAACUGCAGGAAGACAAGGAGCAGAUCCGGCUGCGGCUGGAGGAGGAGACGGAGGGCUUCCAGAAGACACUGGAGGCCGAGCGUAAGCGGCAGCUGCAGAUCACGGCUGAGGCCGAGCGACUAAAGCUGCAAGUCACGGAGCUGAGCCUGGCCCAGGCGAAGGCAGAGGAAGAGGCCAGGCGGUUCAGGAAGCAGGCUGAAGAGAUCAGCGGGAAGCUGCACCAGAUGGAGCUGUCCACUCAAGAGAAGGUGACCCUGGUGCAGACCUUGGAGAUCCAGAGGCAGCAAAGCGAUCAAGACGCCAACAGGCUAAGGAAGGCUAUUGCUGAGAUGGAAAUGGAGAAAGAGAAGCUGAAGCGGGAAGCCCAGCUGCUGCAGCAGAAGGCGGAAGAGAUGCAGACUGCUCAGAAAGAGCAGCUCCGCCAGGAGACGCAGUUGCUUCAGCAGACCUUCCUGUCUGAGAAGGACGUCCUUCUGCAGAAGGAGAGAUUUGUGGAGGAGGAAAAGGCCAAGCUGGAGAGCCUCUUCCAGGAGGAGGUCAAGAAAGCUCAAAGCCUGAAGGCUGAGCAGGAACAUCAGCAGAAGCAGAUGGAGCAGGAGAAGGAGGAGCUGGAAGCCACCCUCAGGGAUGCCCAGGAAAAGCAGGCUGAAGCAGAGAAGAGUGUCCGUCGCAAGCAGGAGGAGCUCCAGCAGUUGGAGAAGCAGCGUCAGCAGCAGGAGAAGCUUCUAGCUGAGGAAAACCAAAAGCUCCGGGAGAAACUGAGGCAGCUGCAGGAGGAGCAACAGGCUGCCCUUGCUCAAACCCGAGAAAUCAUGAUCCAGACCGAUGACCUUCCUCAGGAGGCAGCCGUGUCUGCAGUAACGGCUCUGCCUAACGGUCAAGACAUGCUUGACGGUGUCUCUCAAAACGGUGAACCUGAGUUGGCGUUUGAUGGCAUCCGACAGAAGGUUCCUGCCAAGAAGCUGGCAGAGGCUGGCAUCCUGAGCCCAGAAACCUGGGAGAAUCUGGUGCACGGGAGAGUGUCCGUGCAGGAGCUAUCCCAGAUGCAGGAGAUCAGGAAGUACCUGCAAGGCAGCAGCAGUAGCAUCGCGGGGCUCCUGAUCAAGCCCACCAAUGAGAAGAUGAGCAUCUACCAGGCCAUGAAGCAGCAGCUCCUCAGCCCAGGCACGGCCCUCAUCCUGCUGGAAGCGCAGGCAGCUUCCGGCUUCAUGAUAGACCCCCUGAGGAACAAGAGGAUGUCUGUCAGUGAGGCAGUAAAGGAAGGCGUGGUUGGGCCUGAGCUGCACAAUAAAUUGCUGUCUGCAGAGCGGGCGGUAACUGGAUACAAGGAUCCCUACACAGGUGAAAAGAUCUCCCUCUUCCAGGCAAUGACCAAAGACCUUAUUGUUAAAGACCACGGGAUUCGGCUCCUGGAGGCCCAGAUUGCCACUGGCGGCAUCAUCGACCCUGUCAACAGCCACCGCCUACCUGUGGACAUCGCAUUCAAGCGAGGCUAUUUUGAUCAGGAGAUGCAACGGGUCCUCUUGGACCCCACAGAUGACACCAAGGGCUUCUUUGAUCCCAAUACCCAGGAGAACUUGACUUACCUGCAGCUGAUGGAAAGGUGUGUGACUGACCCCGAGACCGGGCUAAUAUUCCUGUCACUGUCAGACAAAGCAGCCAGAGGACAGGAACUGGUCUGUACCGAUCAAGAGGCCAAGGACGUGUUCAGGAAAGCCACCGUCUCUCCUCCCUUUGGCAGAUUCCAGGGAAAGACCGUGACCAUCUGGGAGAUCAUCAACUCCGAGUAUUUCACUGAGGAGCAGAAGCGGGAGCUCCUGCGUCAGUACAAGACUGGAAAGAUCACUGUGGAGAAGAUAAUUAAGAUCAUAAUUACUGUUGUUGAAGAGAGUGAGAAAAAAAGCCAACUCUGCUUUGAAGGCCUCCGGGCUGCAGUGCCGGCAGCCAAGUUGCUGGAGAGCAAAAUCCUCAACAAAGAACUCUACAAUCAGUUGCACCAAGGCAAGAAGACAGUGAAGGAGGUCACCAAUAUGGAUGCCAUUAAAAGAUACCUGGAAGGUACUGGCACCAUUGCGGGCAUCUUGGUAGAGUCAACAGGCCAAAAGUUACUUCUUGCAGAUGCAAUGAAAAGAAACCUGUUGAAACCCGAGGCGGCCCUGAUCCUUCUGGAGGCCCAGGCUGGAACUGGGCAUGUCAUUGACCCCGUGAGGAAUGAAAAGCUUCCUGUGGAUGAAGCGGUCCGAGCAGGAAUGGUGGGGCCUGAGCUUCACGAGAAGCUGCUCUCUGCAGAGAGAGCUGUAAUCGGCUAUAAGGAUCCGUACAUGGGGCAGGUGGUCUCCGUUUUCCAAGCGCUGAAGAAAGAUCUCAUCCCUAAGGACACCGGGCUCCGGCUCUUAGAUGCUCAGCUUGCCACUGGAGGCAUCAUUGAUCCUGUGCACAGCCAUCGCCUCCCACUCGAAGUUGCCUGCAAACAGGGCUAUUUCAGCAAAGAAAUGAACAAGGCCUUGUCUGAUCCGGCCAACGAGGUCAAGCUGUACUAUGACCCCAAUGCCCAAGAAAACCUCACUUAUGCUCAGCUGCUGCAGAGGUGCCAAGUGGAUAAGCAGACAGGCCUCCACCUGCUGUGCCUUUCAGACGAGGCCAUACGGCGUCAUCAGGAGGAGCUCUACUCGGAUAGUGCUAUCAAAGAAUCCUUUGAUAAGGCCACCGUUGAAGUUCCUGCCGGCAGCCAAAAGGGCAAGACAAUGACAGUCUGGGAGCUGAUCCACUCAGAAUAUUUCACUGAAGAGCAGCAGAGAGAGCUGAUACGGCAGUUCAAGACUGGCAAAGUCACCAUUGAGAAGGUCAUUAAGAUAAUUAUCACAAUUAUUGAAGAGAGCGAGACCAAGAAACAAGAAAAGUUGACCUUCAGUGGCCUGCGAGCACCAGUGCCUGCUAGCGAACUGCUUGAGUCCAAGGUCAUCAGCAAGCAGCAGUUCGAACAGCUCGAGUCAGGAAAGAAGGCAGUGAAGGACAUUGCCGAAGUGGAUGUGGUGAAGAGAUACCUGAAAGGGAGCGACUGCAUUGCCGGAAUCUAUGUCGAAAAAAGCAAGGAGAAGCUGAACAUCUACCAGGCGCUGAGGAAGAAUCUGCUCCUGCCCAGCACAGCAACUGUCCUGCUGGAGGCCCAGGCAGCCACUGGGUUUAUGGUGGACGCAAUAAGGAACCAGAGGUUGCACGUCAACGAAGCGGUGAAAGCUGGCCUUGUGGGACCAGAGCUACACGAAAAGCUGCUCUCUGCUGAGAAGGCCGUCACUGGCUACAGAGACCCUUAUUCUGGAAAUACCAUCUCCCUCUUUGAGGCUAUGAAAAAGGGGCUGAUUGUCAGGGAGCAUGCUGUCCGCCUGCUGGAGGCCCAGAUUGCCACAGGAGGCAUUAUUGACCCCGUGCACAGCCACCGUGUUCCUGUGGAAGUGGCCUACAAGCGAGGCUACUUGGAUGAAGAGAUCAACCAAACUCUCUCAGAUCCCUCAGAUGAUACCCGGGGCUUCAUUGACCCCAACACCCAGGAGAAUAUUACCUACUUGCAGCUGAAAGAGAGAUGCAUUGAGGACCCCGAGACUGGCCUUUGUCUCCUGCCUUUGAAGCAGUCUGAACGGCCAGCGGUGGUGGAGAGAACUCAAGUGUACACGGAGGCAGAAACCAAGAAGAUGUUUGAAGAAACCCAAAUUGACAUUCCAACAGGAGAGCUUGCUGGCUCCUCCAUGUCCCUCUGGGAAAUUAUGAACUCAAAUCUCCUCCCUGAAGAGCAACGUAAAAAAUUGAUGGAAGAGUUCCGUUUAGGCAACCUAACGAAGGAACGCAUGAUCAUCAUCAUCAUUGAGAUUAUAGAGAAAACCGAGAUUGUCCGCCAGCAAGACGUCACCUCCUAUGAUUACAUUAGGCGCCGCAUCACUGCUGAAGACCUCUACGAGGCCAGGAUCAUCUCUCUGGAGAUAUUUAAUGCACUGAAGCAGGGCUCCAAGACCAUCCAAGAGAUUCUGGAGAUCGAGACCAUCUGGAAAUACCUCUAUGGCACUGGCUGUAUUGCUGGCAUCUACAUUCCCUCCAGCAAGCAGAAGCUCAGCAUCUACCAGGCCCUCAAAAAGGGACUGAUUAGCCACGAAGUUGCUCGGUCCUUGCUGGAAGCCCAGGCUGCCACUGGCUUCAUUAUUGACUCUAUGAAGAACGACAGACUUACAGUAGAUGAGGCAGUGAGGAAAGGGCUGGUGGGCCCAGAAAUGCAUGAUCGACUUCUAUCUGCCGAAAGAGCUGUGACAGGCUACCGAGAUCCUUACAGCGAGCAGAAAAUCUCUCUCUUCCAAGCCAUGAAGAAGGACCUCAUCCCAUCUGAAGAAGCCCUCAGAUUGCUAGAUGCCCAGUUGGCCACAGGAGGAAUUAUAGACCCAUACCUGGGCUUUCACUUGCCCUUAGAAAUUGCCUACCAACGUGGUUACUUCAAUCGAGAGACCUUUGACAGACUUUCUGAGCCCAGUGAGAUCCGCAGCUACACAGACCCCUCCACAGAUGAAAAGCUCAGCUAUGCUCAGAUCCUCAAGCGAUGUAAGAAGGAUGAGAAUACAGGCUGCCUCCUGCUAUCCCUCUGCGACACUCGGAAGCUGACUUUCAGGGGGCUGAGGAAGCAAAUCACAGUGGAGGAGUUGGUACGAUCAAAAGUCAUGGAUGAAGCCACUGCCCAGCGACUCCAGGAAGGCCUAACCUCAGUGGAAGAGGUCUCUAAAAAGUUGCAGCAGUUCUUAGAGGGUACCAGCUGUAUUGCUGGAGUCUACAUGGACUCAACCAAGGAAAGGUUGUCUGUAUAUCAAGCCAUGAAGAAAGGCAUUCUCCGGCCAGGGACAGCUUUUGAGUUGCUGGAGGCCCAGGCGGCCACCGGCUAUGUCAUUGACCCCAUCAAGGGUCUCAAGCUAACUGUGGAGGAGGCAGUGCGCAUGGGCAUUGUAGGCCCAGAGUUCAAAGAUAAGUUGAUUUCAGCUGAGCGGGCAGUGAUAGGUUACAAGGACCCUUACUCUGGCAAGAUAAUAUCCCUUUUCCAAGCCAUGAAGAAAGGGUUGAUCCUGAAAGAUCAUGGGAUCCGAUUGCUAGAAGCUCAAAUUGCUACAGGAGGCAUUAUUGAUCCCGAGGAGAGCCAUCGCUUGCCGGUAGAAGUGGCAUACAAGAGGGGCCUUUUUGACGAGGAAAUGAAUGAAAUCCUCCUGGACCCAAGUGAUGACACCAAGGGGUUCUUUGACCCAAACACCGAGGAAAACCUGACUUAUCUGCAACUGAUGGAAAGGUGUAUCACUGACCCCGAGACUGGGCUGUGCCUCCUGCCUCUGAAAGAGAAGAAGCGGGAAAGGAAGACCUCCUCCAAAUCCUCUGUCCGCAAGCGCAGGGUGGUGAUUGUGGACCCAGAGACCGGAAAGGAAAUGUCCGUGUAUGAAGCCUAUCGCAAAGGCCUCAUUGACCACCAGACCUACCUGGAGCUCUCGGAACAAGAGUGUGAGUGGGAGGAAAUCACCAUCUCCUCCUCUGAUGGAGUGGUCAAGUCCAUGAUCAUUGACCGGAGGUCAGGGCGGCAGUACGACAUAGAUGACGCCCUGGCCAAAGGCCUGAUAGACCAGUCUGCCCUGGACCAGUAUCGCUCAGGGACCUUGUCCAUUACGGAGUUUGCAGACAUGUUGUCUGGCAAUGUAAGUGGAUUCCGAUCCAGGUCUUCCUCCGUGGGCUCCUCCUCUUCCUAUUCCGUAAGUCCUGCUCAUGCCAGACCCCAGCUGACCUCUUGGAGCGAUCCCACUGAAGAGACUGGCCCGAUUGCUGGCAUCUUGGACACAGAUACCCUGGAAAAAGUAUCCAUUACGGAAGCCAUGCGCCGUAACCUUGUGGAUAACAUUACAGGCCAGAGGCUGCUGGAGGCCCAGGCCUGCACAGGUGGGAUCAUCGACCCGGGUUCAGGGGAGAAAUUCCCUGUUGCAGAUGCUGUUAAUAAGAGCCUGGUGGACAAGAUCAUGGUAGACAGAAUCAACCUUGCUCAAAAGGCUUUCUACGGCUUUGAGGAUCCAAGGACCAAGACCAAGAUGUCUGCUGCCCAAGCCUUAAAGAAGGGCUGGCUGUACUAUGAGGCCGGCCAGCGGUUCCUGGAAGUCCAGUAUCUGACCGGUGGGCUGAUUGAGCCGGAGGUGCCUGGACGGGUCUCGCUCGAUGAGGCCUUGCAGAAGAACACCGUCGAUGCACGCACUGCCCAGAAACUUCGGGACGUCAACACUUACUCCAAGUACUUGACCUGUCCCAAAACCAAGCUGAAGAUCUCCUACAAGGACGCGAUGGACAGGAGCAUGAUUGAAGAAGGGACGGGCCUCCGUCUCCUGGAAGCCUCCUCGCAAUCUAGCAAAGGCUAUUACAGUCCUUACAAUGUCAGCGGCUCUGGUUCCACCUCUGGCUCCCGGUCAGGUUCACGAACAGGUUCCAGAUCAGGCUCCAGGCGAGGAAGUUUUGAUGCCACUGGCUCCGGCUUCUCCGUCUCCUUCUCUUCCUCCUCCUACAGUUCGUCAAGUUAUGGGCGCAGAUAUGCACCAGGCCCCACCAGCAGCAGCACAGAUGCAGCUGACCUCCGUGGCACCCUGGCCCAUCCAGAGGGGAACUAUGAGUGGAAAGGAAAUUGUCCCCCUCUUGAACUGCCUGGAAAACAGCUGCCUGUAGCCUAAAGGGCCCUCCCUGCCCCAUCUCCCUGCCCCAUCUCCCUCCCUUCCCCUCACCCUUCCCAAGCUGAGAUAACAUGGCCUUCCUUUCGCUCUGCAUGUGAUCAAGCUACCGGCUAAUUCUACCAAUAUUUUUAUUACUACUACUGUUGCUCUUUUUUAAAACACAGAGUUCCCUUCCAAAGCAGUGCCUAAACUUUAACCAAAAAGACUACACUAAUAUAUUAAUAUAUAUGAUGGUUCUGACAGUAUUUGUAUAUUGAGAGAGAGAGAGAGAAUGCAGGCGCAUCAGUGCUUCCCAUGCUGCUUCAUGCCCCCUGGAACCUGCUCCUUUCCUCCCCACCCUGCCCUCACCCAUGCCAGGCUACUGUCACAGUUUGGCACCAACCCUUUCAGCCAUCCUCUUCUUCACUCAUCCUUACUGUGGUGCCUCCAGAUCACCUGCCUAUGCAAA